AUGCCUUGCUGUCUUAUUAACAUCUGGAAGUCGAUAUUUCCAUCGAAAUCACCUUCAAUUUCAAUAAUCAAAAUUCUGCAAUUCAUUGUUGUAUGUUGUAUUUUUGGCAUUGAUGUGCAUACAAAGAAUUAUUCACAACCCGAUGACAGCAGUGCUCUUUUGAAUGAAGUCGUUGAUAAAAUACCCAAUUUAAACAUCAAAAUAAAUGCUGAAUCAAUGUCAACCGAGUACCUGUCAACUGGUACUGUUGUAGCAUAUUUAAUCAUUAUAUUCGUAUCACUGGUAAGCGGUUUGCUUGCAGCACCUAUUAGUCUAAUUCCGAAUACAGCUUUUUGUGUCAUCGGAGCUUUUCUGUUCGUUAUUUCUGGAUCCUUUAUUAUUCAUGAGUUCCUUCACAUCAGUUUUGAAAGUAUCAAAGAGGUUGAUUUUGAAAAGUCAUUACAAUCUGUACGUAGUUACAGUAUUGCAAGAGGAUCAUUAUGCAUUGUAGAAGCCGCUUUACUUUUACUUGAUCCUAUUUGCAGUUUUUUACCUUUUUUAUGA